UCCAGAUCAUACCCCCGCUUCGACCCUCAUGUUACGCUCGUCACGUUCUCAUGCCCUCAUCGCCCUAACAUAUUUCAAUUGGUGCCUAUGGGUGCCAAAACGACUCCCGUGCAUUUUGAGUCCAUGGAGGUCGGAGACGACUUCCUCAGCUCAUUGUCUGUCGUCGUCAAGAAGUCCAGCGAGAUCAUGCAGCUACGUGAUCGCAUUAUGGACCACCUGAAGGCGAACAACAUACGAGCCACAUCAACCCCUUCAUUCCCACACAUGGCGUUGUUCUACCUAGAUGAAUCGUUCAAAGGAGAACGCUUGCUGCUUAGCAAACAAUUGCGAGAGACAGGAAGGGUACACGAACAGACAGGCGGAGAGAAGAAAUUUACGCUGAAUUGUACUGUGGAUGGUGCCGCGGCUGAAUUUGAUGCCAUUGGAGGCUUUGAAGGGAUGGAAAUAUGGCUCGUGGAUUGCACUGAAGGAGUGGAAGAUUGGACCGUCCUCGAUAGACGGUAUCUC